AUGGAGAAUGUAGCUACAGCUUCCCGUGGUUUCGUCUGGACGGACGAGGAGGUGGAAUUGCUCCUCCGUGUAACGCUGGAGUACAAGACGACUAAAUGCCAGGAGAACGUCGACUGGGAGUCUUGCCAGUCUAAAUACAAAGACAUAUACGAGGACUUUGUAAGACAAUAUCCCCAGGGCAGACAAGACGAGUUCCCCCACAGCAACGGGGAGAUCACGUCCAAGGCACAAAUCACAUCCAAAUUGAAGGCUGUUCGGACGAAGUACAGAAAAGCGGUGGACACGGGGAAGCGAAGUGGCCAAGGACGUGUUGUGUUCAUAUUCUUCGAGCUGUGCCAACAAGUUUGGGGAGGGUCACCGGCCACUGAGACCAUCGCAGCGAAGCUGGAUGGUCACAGGAGAGAGAAGUUGAAGAGAAAACUGGACUCUGAUUCGUUUGUGGAAGAGGACCUCCGUAUCAAACGGAGAAUGUUGGAGUUGGCCGAGGUGGCAGAGAUUAACAGUAAACUGCAAAUGGCUGAGCUAACAAGCGAGAUGAGGAAGUUACAUGGCUCCAUUUCUGAAGGGUUGUCGAUAUUGAGACAGUUAACCCCACAGUCGCAGUUCAACUCGCCAUAUCCUCAUGGACAACUUGCCUAUGCAGAUGUGCACAGACUGCCCAGUGGGUUCAGUCCUCAUGGCUUCUCCACACCUGGCCCCAUGCACCAUCCCUCUGCAGUUUCCACCCCUAGACUCUCACCUUCCUUCCACAAUCCACAACAGGGACAAGGACCGUCGUAUCGGCGCAUGCUGAUGCGCGAGGACACAAUUGAGGAGCUGGACUUCACUUAUUAG